UUCUUCCGCGCACUUACGGAACCUUGCCGUUACCAUGGAACCUCCCAGCCACCCCUCCCUUCUUCCGCGGUUUUUUCAAAGUAUUGGUGACUCCCUUUGGGGAGCUGGCGAACCGACCUCACAAGCACUUUUGGAUAAACAAGUAGCAAUUUCUCUCCUCUUGAACUUUUUGGAAAAGCGAGGAGUUUCCAUGUCAAAGAAAAAAUUGACUUCCUUAGUAGCAUAUGGACUAGUAAGAGGACACUUUCAAACUUCAGACUCUCUUUUUGAUGAAUCUGAAUGGCGCUGCUGUGGCGAUACUAUUUUUGACCAGGCUAUUGACGGUGACAAAACAGCCAAAAGCGUACAGAAGCAAUGGCGUGAUGUCAUCAAUUGCUUGAAGAAAUACAGACUGGAACAGACCCUUGCAGCUACAGCAGCAGCACGGCUUGCUGACGGCUUGGACACUCGGGGGGAGAGACCACUAGAGGCAAUGGUUACCCCAGCUAGCUCUCUCUUUUCCGACCUGAAAAUUUCUCCAGGCACGGUGGUGCCUUUGAUGACUCUCCCCAGUGCAUCUACUGUUCCGAUGCUGUCCGCAGCGCCUCAGCAACCGGUGCUGCCAACUUCAAACACUCCGACGCAGCCAGCAGCGCCCCAGCAACCGGUGCCGCCAACUUCACACACUCCGACGCAGCCAGCAGCGCUUCAGCAACCGGUGCCGCCAACUCCAAACAUUCCGACGCAGCCAGCAGCGCUUCAGCAACCGGUGCCGCCAACUUCACACACUCCGACGCAGCCAGCAGCGCUUCAGCAACCGGUGCCGCCAACUUCACACACUCCUACGCAGCCGGCAGCGCCCCAGCAGCCAGCGCCGCCUCAGCAGGACGUCCCAAUGCAGCCGGUGCCGCCUCAGCAGGACGUCCCAAUGCAGCCGGUGCCGCUGGCUCAGGACCCUUCGUUAUACCCUGCGCUGCCUCAAGACGUUCCCGAUGUUCCUGCCGUUCCAGUGCAACCACCAGCACCCCCGAUGCCAGCGGCACCAAUUCCCCAAAGCAUUCCUACCAUCCCUGCCGUUCCGGUGCAGCCGUCUGCCCCCCCGCUCCCAGCGCCACCGCCCUACAGUGGUCCGUUUUCCCCACUCCCGGCUUCCGCUACCAUCUCGCCACGUCCGGCGCAAACUCCUUUUGCUACAUUCCGACCCGCCCCCCCGGCUGCAGCGGGCCCGAGUUGGACUUCCGCCACGGAAGCCGGUCCUUCCUCUCAAGCCCGGGAACCGCCGCCUGUGAUUAACUCGGACGCUAGCGACUCCUCACAGUCCGAUGCCGACGACACUAUUGACAAUGUUGCCGACGACUUACAGAAACUUAGAAUAAUGCCUUCUGGCAAUGCCCAGCCCCUGGCGGCACCACAAGCUACAGAGAUCACCGGGAAGACUCUCCAGCUUACACCCGUUGGUCCACAACAUCGGUGGCGUGCCGUUAUUCGCGACGCCUUGUUACAAGGUGAUUGGGAGGCAGCUGCUGCUCUGGAAGGUGCAGCGGCAUUCCCAGUUGUGGCAGCACGGACUGCAGAUGGACAGCCAGGAGCCACUCACACGGCUCUUGAUUGGAAACUGCUUAUGCAGUUGAAAACAGCAGUAUCUUCCCACGGCUUGCACUCACAACCGACUAAGCAAUUGCUGAAUUACAUCUUCUCCGCCUAUGUGCUAUGCCCAGCAGAUUGUGAGACUGUUGCGAGACUGAUUUUAACACCAUCCCAGUUUAUGUUGUGGGAAAGGGCAUGGCGCGAUGAGUGCAGGAAGGUGGUAGAGCAGCCACGACAACUAGGCGACCCCUUACUCAAUGUUCAAGCAGAUAUACUGCUGGGAAAAGGGGCUUUCAGCUCGCUGGAUGCCCAGAUACGUCAUCCCUUUGAGUGGCAUCAUGCGUCCAUGACAACUGCCAGAACAGCUUUUAAUAUGGUGCCUACAGAGCCAAAAGCACCUAGCUAUACCGCUGUUAAGCAAGGUUUGAGUGAGGACUAUAACCAUUUCAUUGAUAGACUAGCAGCUGCAGUUGAAGCAGCCACUGAGUUAGAUGCUGCAACCAGACAAGCCUUUUUUCGAACCCUAGCUUUUGAGAAUGCUAAUAAUAAGACCAAGCAGCUGUUGUCCAUUCUGCCUAGGGAAGCCUCAGUGGACGAUAUGUUGGAGCGAGUUGCUCGAAUGCCUACAAACCAGCAGCAGACAUUUGUUGCAACCCAAAUGGAUCAAGUUCUAGAUAAGCACACGCAGCUCGUAAUGGCAGCACUGCGAUCCGCAGAUGCAGGGAAUCGUGGCCGCCGAUACAACAACCCACGGAACCCCUGCUUCCGCUGCGGUCUAACUGGGCACCCACGCGAUAAUUGCCCACAGGCUGCAGUCUGGUGUGACCACUGCCAACUUGACUCUCAUGCAACUGCGGCCUGCAAGCGCUCGGGAAACUACCAGCGCAGCGCGGCAGGCAGCCGCGCGAGGACACAAGUUGCUGCCCCAGUGAUGCUAUCUGCCCAGCAACCUCCGGCAGCCUCGGGCUGGAUCUUACAACAGCAGUAAGCAUCACUUUGAUUGACAACCGCCCAGUCCCUAUUGCCACCUCCAUGAAAGGCCCAUUAAUGAUAAAUGGCAAGCCCACUGGCGCAUUACUCCUGGGAAGAUCUUCUGCCGGGCUGAAGGGAUUAAUGAUUGUUCCCGGGGUGAUUGAUGAAGACUACACCGGUAUCAUACAAAUUGUUGCAUACACUAACAGCCCACCUAUCGUGGUGCCGGAAGGCAGUCGCAUUGCUCAACUGGUGCCCCUGACCAACCUGCUGCAGGACGUGGCCCAGGGCCGCGCCUUGCCACAAAGAGGAGAUCAGGGUUUUGGAUCUACGGGUGGCCUAGCCAUGCUGACCCUGUCCUUGACUAGACGACCACUUGCAUCAGCUAUCAUUAGUAAUGGUCAGGACACAAUAACCAUGGACGUUCUCCUGGAUACAGGUGCCGAUAUAACCAUUUUUUCCAUACCUGCCUGGCCCUCGCACUGGCCAGCAAGCCCAGCUAAAGACGGUAUUGAAGGUGUUGGUGGAGUAUCUCAGACUCUGACAAGCUCACAGCGAAUCAGUAUAACCAUAGAUGACAGGACAGGCCACGUCUUUGCAACCAUCGCACCUCUCCCGCAAGGUGUAAAUGCGCUGAUUGGUAGGGAUGUCAUGACACAGAUGGGAGUCGUGAUGACUACUCCGCAGGUAAUUUUUCAGCAGCGGCCACUGGACGGCAGCCGCCCAUAAUCAAACUCCAGUGGCUUUCUAAUACACCGAUCUGGAUAGAUCAGUGGCCGCUGCGAAAGGAACAGCUGCAAGAAGCACACAAGCUCGUCGAAGAACAACUUGCUGCAGGCCAUAUUGUACCUUCAACCAACCCACGGAACCCCUGCUUCCGCUGCGGUCUAACUGGGCAGCUCCCCGCCGAGGAAGCCGGAUAGACAGCAAACACAGCCUGGUUGAUUUCUCUAGAUAUAGACUGGGGUCUUGAUGACUAUGUUGGACUCUGGAAUUUUACCGUUGUUUUUGACUUUAAUUAUAAUAUAUUUUGUAUUUUGGACAUUUGUUAGAUAAGGUACUGAUGCUUAUUAAUAAUAUUGGAUUUUUAGGAUAAUGUUAAUAAUGCAGUAAUUCUUAGGCAAUCAUGAUAGAACAUAAUUAGCUUUUGAUAGUUAUUAUACUGAUAUACUAUGGUAAGACAUCAUAUUUUAUACUUAUAAGUCCCUACUCACUUUUUCUAUACUAAGGAUAAUAUGGUACCAUAUUCUCUUUUACACACUCACUCACACACCUUUUUUCUUUUCCUUUUCUACUAGGCUUAUAAGUUAAGACAGUAUUAUAGUUAUAUGAUUAUUUUUUUUUUCUUUAACGUAUAGAAAUGUAGAAUUUUGUCUUUUAUAUAAAUUGAAAAAAAAAAAAAAGAAAAAAGGAAAAGGGGGCGAGGUGGAAGAGGAGCUAGUAAAAUAAGAAGAGAGGCAUGGAGAAACACUACAGCCUUUUUGGACACAUCAUACAAGUAAGAUCAGUGGAUUUAUCAGUUUAGGUAUUGAAUAUGUUCGUAUUAUGCUUUAUCACCUGUCUGUACAGGCCCUAAGGUGGAUACCAACUUGAAUAUGAUUGGUUUGUCCUUUCAUGAAGUGAGCAUAGAAUCUUGCUCAGAUGGCAGAAUUGUGGUAAGAUCUUGGGAGAGUCAUAGAGAUGAUGAUCAUGAGUAUUUGGAUUAUAAGGCAUUGGAUCUUGGCUAAUGAAUUUGGGUAUUUUCAUGAGCUUCAAUGAUUGUAGCUUAAUGGAAUAGAUUCGGUCUGGUCCCUUUGAUGAAGGCCAAAGCCCACUUAAAAUUGGCAUAACAUGGCAAGUGAUUUCUUUGUCUCUUGCAAGGGCCCUGCAAGGGAUGAAAAAAAAAACACUGCUCCAAAUUCUUGAAGUGAAUCGAGAGCUGUGGGAAAAGGCCUAAGUAGAAUAGCCUGAAAGCAACAUCUAAGACGCACUCUUGUAUUGUAUUUGGGGGUUGGUAGUUCUUAAGCACAAUCGUCAGACGCAGCUCAUAGCCGAGGACUGCACUGGGAACAUCAAGAUCUCUGAAAAGUAUGAAGUGAACUUAAAGCUAUGGAGAGAUACUGAACAAUUCACUCGCCCACAACAUCGGCUACCACAGUGAGCUAAUGAAGAUGUGACAGACUUGCACCCUCCAGAAGCUGUGAUGUUCGUCUGGACUUUUGGGUUUUUGAACAUUUGACUCACUGUCGCUUGCAGAAAUGGCUUUUGGGAUCAUUAGCUAAGCUUGGGUGGCUGGUUUGCCAGAUUGUUGUCACUAGUAAGAUUCUUAACAAAUGUAUUCUCUUUACUUUAGCACCAUUGACCUGCGCUCCCACUGAGCACAGCUCGUUUAAAAUCAAACGUGGGUUGCUCAAAAGAAAAGAAGGGGGUACUGUGGGAAGCUUCCUCCCGCAGCGGAGCAUGAAAGGUAAACAUCAGACCCUGUGAUGAGAAGUGUCCUUGGAGCCUUGAGGCUCCCAGGGGCCUGAACCUGUGACUAUGAGCAACCCACGCACAGCUGUCAGGGGGUGGAAUCUGCCCGCCUCUGGGGUGGGCACGGCCCAGGGGGCUGACUCUGGCCACCCCCCCUGGGUGGGAUCCUUAAGGUGUUUACUGUAAGUUAACCUAUCUCUGCCUUACACUUAACCUGGAGCCAAUCUGUACCCUCCACUUGUACCAAUCUUGAACUAAGUCAGUUGUCUACACCCCCUUUGGGGGCUAUAAAGGUCGCUGCAUCGCCCUAAUAAAUUGCACUGCUGCGCAGAAGCCACAGAGUCGACUCUCAGUGCCCCGAUCUCUCGCCGCACCGGUCUCCGACCUCCAACAGGCACGGAGGCAUCUACGGACCCCUGCAGCUGCCUGCAAACACAUACAGACCCCUACAGAGCUCCCCAGACCCCUUCAGACCCCUCCAGAUAUUUAACAGACCCCUGCACACAUCUACAGACCCCUCCAGAGCCUUCAGUGAUGCCUGCAGGCACCUACAGACCCACACAGAAACCUCCAAACACCUACUCAACUCUACAGACCUCUGCAGACUCUCUCAGACCCUGACAAAUAGCUACAGACCCCUUCACACCUCUGCAGACACCCACACUCACCUACACACCACCACAGACACGGACAAAGCUCAACAGGCACCUGCAGACCCCUCCACACCUUUAAAAGCUGCCCAGAGACUCCUACAGAACCCUGCCAAAAUCUACAGACCCUGCCAGAGCUCUACAGACCCCUCCAGACAUUUGAAAGGUGCCUGCAGACCUCCACACCCCCCUAGAGACAGCUGCAGGCACCCACAUUCCUCUACAAAGCUCUAGAGACCUCUACAGACAGCUACAGACCCCUCCAGACAUUUAAGAGGUGCCUGCAGACCCCUGCAUCACCCUAGAGACAUCUACAGACAACUUCAGACCUUUCAAAGGGGUCUGCAGACCCUUAGAGAUCCCUGCAAAUUCUUCACACUCCUCCACUAACUCUAACCUGUCAGCACCUCCCAGCAGCAGGGAACAGAGAGAAGCACUCCACAACCGUUUGCACGAGAGGCUUUCUGCUCAUCCAGCUGCUCUGUCAGCAUCUGCACUGGACAGAAUCUUCAGCUACUAGGUCAGAGCUCUGACUGAGCAAUCUCCUUUUCAACCCUUCCCUCCUGGCAGACACAGACAAACCCUACCUGGAGCCCACAGGAGCCGAGCCAAAGGAGAUCACCCUGCCAGGCUGCAGGGCCAGGCUGCAGCGGCACCAGCGUCCGUGCUGACGGAUUCACCGCAGCAGCUGGGGCCCUCGUGCCCAUCCUGCUGCUGCUGCACAUCUGGCUGGCUUGGCCAGUGGAGUGGAAAGCAAAGUGCAAACCUGCAAAGAGUGAAACAACCAAGGACAAAGCUCAGUUACUCACACUGUGAAGGUGAGGGCACGCUCCUAUGCCCCCAGUAAAAACACUGCCAAAGCAUUUCAUUUUCCACUGCCAUGCACUGACCUUGCAGAGCUCUGAGCUGAUCCCACUCCAACACUCCACCUCCAGUGCACACAGUCAGCUCUGACUGCAGGGUGCUGCCAUGUGGGCCAUGCACACACAGGAGGGACGCCUGGCCCCCAGCACUGCCCAGCAGACAUGCUCCUGAGCUGCCAGGGACACGUACCAGUGACAGCCAGACAGAAAUAAAGCACGUCAGAGCACCCCACCAGAAGAUGGGAAAGACAA